CUGGGAGGCUGGGGAGCAAGGGGCGUGGUUGUGCGUGGGCCGCGUGAGAUCCUGUUGAGCCCAUAAUGCGUGUUCGGCCUUUCGCGCAAGCGGUAAGGGCCCUUUCGCUAAUGGCUUGUACAGUGUAUAUCUUUCCUUUUAAAAAACGACAAUGUUUGGAAUUCAAGGAUUUGUGAGACCAAGGAUGCCUAUGGAUAGUUGAAUAUGACUGAUGGGAACAAUUCUGCUUCCAUGAGACUAGGAGACACAAUCAACAAGAGAGAACAAAGGGCACGAGCACGAGAAUGGUUGACUAUUCAUUUUGACACAUGUACAUCGUUGCGUAACCAAAUAAAUAAAUAAAAUGACGUAACUCCGUUUCAGUGUUUCCUCCUCCUCUUCUCCAAUCAUGCUAGCGUGAAGGAGAAAGGUAGGUCAAGGAAGCUCCAAAUUCUUCCAAGGUCAACUUUCUGUCCAAAACAACAACCUGAUCAACUUGACCACGAGCCGGGCCACGCAAGUGGGACGCAGAUGCAGCUCCCUUUUCCCAUUCUGGCGCCGAUCAGCACCCCAAAACCGCUGCGCUGCGCCGCGCCUUCCCCUCGCAACCGCGUCACCAGUCAGACCAAACCAUCCGAUUCGAGCCGGCUCGCUCGUCAAAAGAAGCUGAUCGAUGGAGGAAGGCGCGCGUGUGUACGCGCUUGCUUCUUCGCUUGGUCGUUGGGCCAUCAAGCGGCGCUGGCACCACAUAUAUCGGUAUAUCGGACCCGACUGUCCAAUGGGAGCGAAGAACGAGGCGACAACACACGUGGAAAAUGGCGAGCACCCUGCAGCUGCAGGCCAUCGCACUGGCCGUGCUGCUAUUGGCUCUGGCGCCGGCGAUACCGGCGUCGUCGGCUCAGCGGCAGCCACCGCCGGUGGGGUUGGCGCGGCCGGGAUGCCGCGACAGGUGCGGCAACAUCACCAUCCCGUAUCCAUUUGGCAUCGGCGCCGGGUGCUACCGCCACGACGUCCUCGGCGGCUUCCAGCUCCACUGCGACGACACCCGCUCCCCACCCCGACUCACCAUAUCCGACUACAGCCGCAUCCAGCUCGCCGGCCUGUCCCUCGCCGCCGGCGAGGCUCGGGCGUACCUCAACGCCACGCGCAAGUGCUACAACUCCACGGGUGGGCUCGUCGACCGGAGCCUGUCGUACAUGUCCCUCGGCACCAGCCCCUACCUCUUCUCCCCGGCCAAGAACCGCCUGGUGGCGACUGGCUGCCCCAGCCUCGGGUACUUCGUCGACAGCAGGGAGUACUUCGUCAGCGGCUGCACGUCCGUGUGCCGGCCGCCGCAGUACACCAUCCCGGGGCAGGGGUCCUGCACCGGCGUCGGGUGCUGCCAGAGCGACAUACCGCCCGGCGUCGACUACUUCCAGGCCAACACGCUGAGCUUGCAGCAGGCGCAGCUCGACCCGGCCUUCACCACCAACGUCGUCGUCACCAGGUGCCACUACGUGUUCCUGGUGGAGACGGCGUGGUUCAGCUACAGCGACCGCGGCUUCUUGAACCGGACCGACGACUUCGCCGUGCCCGUCGUGCUCGACUGGGCCGUCCGGAACGUCGGCAACUGCAGCGCCGCCAAGCGCAACGCCACGGACUACGCGUGCCGGAGCGCCAACAGCGACUGCUUCGACUCCAUCGGCAACGGCGCCGGCUAUCGAUGCAACUGCUGCAAGGGGUUCGAGGGAAACCCCUACCUCGACGGUGGAUGCACAGACAUCGACGAGUGCCGCCGGAAAGACAGAUAUCCAUGCUAUGGAGACUGCACGAAUACGCCGGGAAGCUACAUUUGCGAAUGCCCUCCGGGAACCAACGGCGAUGCCACCAGGCAGAAUGGCUGCCGGACCAAGGACAAGUUCACGCUAGCUCUCAAAGUGGUUACAGGUGUCAGCGUCGGAGUGUUCCUGUCAGUGUUCAUGUGCUUCUGGCUCUACCUGGGGCUGCAGAAGAGGAAGCUCAUCAGAACGAAGCAGAGGUUCUUCGAGCAGAACGGGGGUGUGAUCCUGCAGCAGCAGAUGCGCUCCUACAGUAGCGCCGGCGCCGGAGCAGGUGGGUUCAAGAUAUUCUCCAAGGAGGAGCUCGAGAAGGCGACCAACAACUUCGCCGCCGACCGUGUCCUCGGCCGCGGCGGGCACGGCGUCGUCUACAAGGGCGUGCUCGAGGACAAGACCGUGGUGGCCAUCAAGAAGUCCAAGAUGAUGGAGGAGGCCCAGACCAAGGAGUUCGCCAGGGAGAUGUUCAUCCUCUCCCAGAUCAACCACAGGAACGUCGUGAAGCUGCUUGGCUGCUGCCUCGAAGUGGAGGUGCCCAUGCUGGUCUACGAGUUCGUCUCCAACGGCACUCUCUACCAUUACAUCCACAACAAGGAUCUCAAGGCGGACAUAACCUUGGACACCCGUCUCCGGAUAGCGGCAGAGUCGGCCGAGGCGCUCGCGUACAUGCACUCCUCUGCUUCGCCGCCGAUCCUCCACGGAGACGUCAAGACGGCCAACAUUCUGCUUGACGACAAGCUCACCGCCAAAGUUUCAGAUUUCGGAGCAUCAAAACUGGCACCCACAGAUGAGGCCGAGAUUGCAACAUUGGUGCAGGGGACUUGCGGGUACCUGGACCCUGAAUAUCUUAUGACAUGCCAGCUAACAGACAAGAGCGACGUGUACAGCUUUGGGGUUGUCCUGCUGGAGCUUCUAACCAGGAAGAAGGCACUCUACUUUGAUGGGCCAGAGGAAGGCAGGAGCCUCGUGUCAUGCUUCAUGACGGCGAUGAAGGCUGGCCGGCAUGGAGAGCUUCUUGACAGCCAGGUGAGGAACGAGGUCAGAGCCGAGGUGCUUGAAGAAAUUGCUCACCUCGUGAUGCAAUGCCUGAGCAUGAGCGGGGAGGAACGGCCGACGAUGAAGGCGGCUGCUGAAAGGCUGGAGAGGCUGAGGAGAUACCAGCAGCACCCGUGGGCUCGGGCUGAUGCCAAUCCGGAGGAGAGGCAGACCUUGCUUCCCAUGGAACACAGGGAUCUUCCGAUAAUGUUCAGACAGCAGGAUGUCCUCGAUCUUGAAGAAGGCAGCACAUAUACUUAUAGUUUGUAGAUCAUAGUAUUUGUACCAUUCUUUUGGCAAAUCAAUUCAAGUAGGAUUCUUUCGGAUAUUAUAAUGAUUUUCGAAA